UCCAGCAGCAUCUCACCUUCAACCGGCCAGACGCACAUCCAGCGCCGCACCCGAAAAAGAAACGGAAAAACGCGAGACAGAGAGAGAGAGAGAGAGAGAGAGAGAGAGAGAGAGAGAGAAAGAAAGACUGCGUCUAAUAAAGCACAGAGGAAAACGAGCAACACCAGAGUCUCUUGUUUUAAUGAUGUAGGUAGAGCAUCGUUUUGCGCUUGACAUCUAAUUUAGCCUGCCCGCCUCACUGCGACACGGAAACGCCGACCAGCUGCGCAUAAAUAAAGCCCCCAUCAGUCAGUUAGGAUAAAACCGUCCAGCCUCCCGCCGACAUCAGAGUCCUCUCGACGAAGAAGGUCGAAGUCUGCGCGUCCCUCGUCCUUUACUUUGACGGUCAGAUCAGGCCCCUCUCAGUCCGUCCGCCUCCAGCCCAGGCAGCAUCUCCGACCAUCAGAAAGCAGCAUCCUUCCUCCUCACUGAAUCUGCGCAAUGGCCGAUGUCCCAGCGGAGUGCAACAUAAAAGUGCUGUGUCGCUUUCGCCCUCUCAAUCAGUCGGAGAUUUUACGCGGGGACCAGUUUCUCCCCAAAUUCCAAGGAGACGACACUGUCGCCGUCGGGGGGAGGUCCUAUGUCUUUGACCGAGUGUUUCCAACCAACACCACCCAGGAGCAGGUGUACAACACCUGCGCCAAGCAGAUUGUCAAGGAUGUGCUGUAUGGCUACAAUGGCACUAUCUUCGCAUAUGGACAAACCUCCUCCGGGAAGACUCACACCAUGGAGGGGAAGCUCCAUGACCCUCACCAGAUGGGUAUUAUUCCACGCAUUGCUGAGGACAUUUUCAACCACAUCUUUGCUAUGGAUGAAAACCUUGAAUUCCACAUAAAGGUUUCCUACUUUGAAAUCUAUAUGGACAAAAUCCGUGACCUGCUGGAUGUGACAAAGACCAACCUGUCUGUGCAUGAAGAUAAGAAUAGGGUGCCAUAUGUCAAGGGAUGCACUGAGCGUUUUGUCUCCAGCCCUGAUGAGGUUAUGGAUGUGAUUGACGAGGGCAAAGCGAACCGUCAUGUUGCUGUGACCAACAUGAACGAGCACAGCUCUCGCAGCCACAGCAUCUUCCUGAUCAACAUCAAGCAGGAGCACGUGGAGACGGAGCAGAAGCUGUGUGGAAAACUUUACCUGGUGGAUCUGGCUGGCAGCGAGAAGGUCAGUAAGACGGGAGCUGCAGGAGCCGUUCUGGACGAAGCGAAAAACAUCAACAAGUCUCUCUCUGCUCUGGGAAAUGUCAUCUCUGCCUUGGCUGAGGGCACGAAAACUCACGUGCCGUAUCGUGACAGCAAAAUGACCCGCAUCCUGCAGGACUCCCUCGGUGGGAACUGUCGCACCACCAUGUUCAUCUGCUGCUCUCCCUCCAGCUACAACGACGCCGAGACCAAGUCCACUCUCAUGUUUGGCCAACGUGCUAAGACCAUCAGGAACACUGCUUCCGUCAACCUGGAGCUGACAGCAGAGCAGUGGAAGAGGAAGUACGAGAAGGAGAAGGAGAAGAACAAGACCCUGAAGGACACCAUCCAGAAGCUGGAGGCCGAGCUCAACCGCUGGAGAAAUGGAGAGGAUGUCCCUGAGACGGAGCGGACUACAUCGGACAUGGUGACCCGGUUUGAGUCAGUGGAGGAGCGCCCCAUUUUGGACAAUGACACCUCCUCCAUUGUGGUCCGCAUUUCUGAGGAGGAGCGUCAGAAGUACGAGGAGGAGAUCCGCAAGCUGUACAAGCAGCUGGAUGACAAGGAUGACGAGAUCAACCUGCAGUGCCAGUUGGUGGAGAAACUGAAGCAGCAGAUGCUAGACCAGGAUGAGCUCCUGGCCUCGUCCCGUGGGGAUGGGGACAAGGUCCAGGCUGAACUGGGCAGGCUGCAGGUGGAGAGCGACUGCGCCAAGGCGGAGGUGAAGGAGGUGCUGCAGGCUCUGGAGGAGCUGGCCAUCAACUAUGACCAGAAGAGCCUGGAGGUGGAGGAGAAAGGCCUGCAGAACCAGCUGCUGGCCGACCAGCUGGCCCAGAAAAUGGCCAGCCUGAUGGAGCUGGAGGCGGAGCUGUCCCGUAUGCAGGAAGUGAGUGGUCAGCAGAGGAAACGUAUCGCUGACGUCCUCAAUGGUCUGAUGAGGGACCUCAGCGAGUUCAGCACCAUCGUGGGCAACGGGGAGAUCAAGCUGCCGGUGGAGAUCAGCGGUGCGAUCGAGGAGGAGUUCACUGUGGCUCGACUCUACAUCAGCAAGAUCAAGUCAGAGGUGAAGAGCAUGGUGAAGCGCUGCCGCCAGCUGGAGAACAUGCAGCUGGAGUGCCACCGCAAGAUGGAGGAGACUGGAAGGGAGCUCUCCUCCUGCCAGCUCCUCAUCUCUCAGCAUGAGGCUAAGAUCCGCUCUCUGACGGAGUACAUGCAGAGCGUGGAGCAGAAGAAGAGGCUGCUGGAGGAGAGCCACGACUCCCUGAGUGAAGAGCUCGCCAAGCUGCAGGACCAGGAUAACUCCCUGCUUGAGGAGAAGGAUGCAGAGAAGGGUGAGACUGAGGAUGGAAAUGUGAAGGCCGUUCGUCAGCAGGGAGAGUCUCACCGCGGCCUUCAUCACAAGCAACUGACCCGCCUGCGGGAUGAGAUCAAUGAGAAGCAGAGGAUCAUCGAUGAACUGACUGAUCGGAACUCCAAGUUGGAGCUGGAGCUGGCUCAGGUUCGUGCUGACUUUGAACGCCUGAAGAGUCAGGACAGCACCAAGAGCGAGCGCCUGGAGGAGCUCUCAUUCCUGCAUGAACGUCAUGAGCAGACUAAACAGGACUUGAAGGGUCUGGAGGAGACUGUCGCCCGCGAACUCCAGACCCUUCACAACCUGCGCAAGCUGUUCGUUCAAGACCUCACGUCGCGGGUUAAAAAAAGUUCCGAAAUGGAGCCUGAUGAUAGCGGGGGGUCUUGCACCCAGAAGCAGAAGAUUUCCUUUCUUGAGAAUAACCUGGACCAACUUACAAAGGUUCACAAACAGCUGGUUCGUGACAAUGCAGAUCUGCGUUGUGAGCUUCCAAAGCUGGAGAAACGUCUUCGGUCUACUGCUGAGAGAGUUAAGGCCCUGGAGACUGCACUGAGGGACGCCAAGGAGGGCGCUAUGAUGGACCGCCGCCGCUAUCAGCAGGAGGUCGACCGCAUCAAGGAUGCCAUGAGAGCAAAGAAUGGCCUGCGGCGCCCCCAUGCAGCACAGAUAGCCAAGCCAGUGAGACCAAAGCAGCUGCCAGUUUGCUCGCCAACGAACCCGUUCUACACUUACAUCCGUGCCACUGAACACGCCAACACCUACAGCAACGCCCUCUUCCAGGGCAACAUGACACAGCCGAGCACCGCCAGCGUCAACUGCAACCCCAACUCUGUCCAGAGCAACACAGUCUCCACAGCACUGGGCUACAGAGCAGGCAGAUAUAAUGGAGACAUACUGGAGUCCUACCCACUCAACAUUGACAACGGUAACAGCAUCAGUGAAACAAGAGACAUCAAUGACAACAGGAGUGAUGUUCACUGUGGCAGCGAGGUGGAUGAUUCAAACAGGCACUACAUCAUUCAGCAGGAGACAGCUGCAAGUUAAUGCCAUGAAGAUGACCAAACACUGUACCGAUCCAAGGACCCUCCCCUCCCAUCUGCAUGCAGCCUGUCUCCCCUCCACUGCAUCACUGAUGAAGAUGACGAUGAAGAUCUGUAGCCCUGUAGUCCUCUAACUAGAUGAAGCACCACCCCCCAACCACCACCACCCCCCACCCCCCCAAUAUGGUGACCGCUCUCAUCCUCAGGUUUGGGGUCCUGUCCCUUCCAGUUCAGCUAGUCAAGGAAAUACAUGAAAUCAGAUUUUUUUUUUAUUAUAGAAUUUGCACCACUAAUGACAACGUGUGAAAAGAUGUCACUGAUGCUGAUUGAGGUGUUUGAACUGGAGUGGGGCUGACUCCAUCCCUGGUUAUUUAGUACAUACAUGUUGUAAAUAAUAGUGCUGUAUACUCCAGUAGAGGUUUUCGACCAGCAACUGUUUGUGGGAAUGCACAGCUCCACCGUCCCCUACACACAUAUUCUUAAGGGCAUCAUGUGGAUGACAUACUUUAGGCAGACAUGACCUUUUUCUCUGUCGUAAAUAAGAGUAUAGUGUGUAACGCCAGCUUGUAACAGAAGACCCACACUCUGCAUGCAUGUCGCUUAGCGGGUUAGCUUUCAAAUCUUUGCAUGUGUCAUGAUUCCACUCAGGAGCUGGUAUGCUGUGAGUGAACCGUCUGAUCGACUUUGACAGAUGUCACAGAAAGACAGAGCUGGCUUCCCUUAAUCCUGAUCCUGGUCUUAGUGCUUUAGAUUUUAUAUAUUCAUCUAAGUUUGAGUCCAACACUGGGUUGCUGUGGCUCUAUCACAGGAAAAAUGACAAAAACCACGUCUGGGUCUAGUUUUUGUUUUCAGAGAAGAGGACAUCAGAUGCAGAAUGUGUGAGGGACACUCAGCCCAGACUGGGGCUGUGUAGAGGAAACCUUUUGUAAUUGCUUUGAUACUGUGAUGUUGCAGCUGUAUGACACCAUUGUAACUUCAGGUAAUGCUGCCCGUAUCCAUUUAAUGUGGCUCCCUCCCUGCAUUGCACCCACACCUUGAGUCUUCUUACCGAGCCUUAAUAAGAGAUGCUUUCUCGUGAUCAAACUAACACGCUGUCAUGUGCAUACAUUUGUAAUUACUACCUCUAGAGCUACUUAUUAUACAUUCAUCACAGUAUACUAAGAUAUCACCUUUUCAAAUGCUAAAUACAAGCCGCAUCUUAGAGUUUCUAGAGUAAGUUGCAACUUUAGUACAACAAUAGUUGUAAGUCUGGGUUCACCACAUCAGGGCAGGUCAGAUAGUGUCAGGUUCACUGUCAAACGAGAAAUAUACUAUAUUGAUAUUCAAAUGUUCCUUAAUUUUCAUAUACUUCACCUGCCUUUUCAAAAUUUGGAUUUUUAAACAGCCGUUUAAUAACAUCUCAGAACUUAAAGACUGGAUUCAGUGUUUUGUAAGGAGGUCCCUCAGGACUCCGAUAAUCUGGGAGUGUUGAAUGUAAACAAGCCCCAGCUGAGCAGCCACCAGUCUGGCAUGGACAUACAGUUUGACAGAAGGUUAGAGAUUGUUGUCGGGUCGUGAUGUAAUUCUUCUCUUAGAAAACCUGACCAGCCAAUCAGGAUAGAAGAAUGCAGCAUGACUGAGGUGGGUGAAGAAGAGACGGAUGUGUUUGACUGAGUCCUUGAGGUUAAAGGUCAGAUUAGAGCAGAGAAGUGUUAAAGAAAACACGCAGAACAACCUGGGUCAAAUGAAAAGGCAAGGUGAACAGUAUUUUCAAGCUAAAUGUGCCUAAACAUAAUAAAUGACUUAAAUAUGAAUUUGUUAGAGAUUUGGAUUUCCAUUUAUAGUUCGUAUUUAGACUAUGACCAGACAUUUAACUUCCAUUCAAAGUGUCUCUGAUUCGGUUGCUUUGAUUUUUAUUGCGCCCUGUUUCUAUUUGAGUAACAAAAUCUUUAAUUUUAUAUACUUUGUGGAAAGUUCAGUGGAUUACAUUAGAUUACUACUUUUGCCCAGGUAGGAACUCAGUAUGAUCCUCAGUCCUCAUUCAUGACAGCACCGCUCGGUCUCAUGUUCUUUCUGGCAUUAACAACAUCUCAGGGCCUCACAUUCACAUUCACAAUCACAGCGACCACAGGCCACCACCACCACCUUCCUCAUCAACUUCCAACUCUGUGAUCGCAGAUGAACAAUCAGGUCAGUGUGUGUUCUUCGAGGCUUAGCAGGGGAACGGGAUGAUGACUCCAAUAUUGCAAGAAUAACAUCAUUUUAUACAUACAUAACAUUUCCAGCCUAGCACAUGACAUCCAAAACAAAAUAAUCCCUCAGCCAUACCCUGGUCAGACCCCACUGUAUGUGUCCAAGCAGACCCUCUAUUUGACAUCAUGUUUUAAAUGUAAUAAAUCAUUUUAAAGGAGGGGGAACGUGUACUAUAUUGUCACCUGCUGUUCCACUGUCUGAUUUCAACAUAUCUAAAAUUUCUGUGCUAUAUAUUGUUAAUCUUGUAAGUAAAACAGUGUGCCAUGACAUAGUAAAAUGCAAAAGACAGGUACACGCUAACUUUGUUAAAGAAAUGUUUGUUUGAUUUUUUUCUGUAUGCCAGUACUGUAGCGUCAACAUGAUUAUGUGAAGAAUCACAGUGCAAAAUUUCUGUAUAUAUAGACUGUAGACUAUGCUGUAUUGUGUGUGAACCAUUGUGUUGUAGUAAAAAGUUCAAUAAACUAGAAAGGAGUUUGUUGA